AUGGCUUCACAGCGCUGUCUAAAUGGAUGCAAAUUGACCAAUACAAAUUUCUCAGUGCAAAAGUUCCAGCAGAAGGCUCUGAAGCAAACUAAGCAGAAGAAAUCCAAGUCGGCUGAAUUUCUGAUGGUUAAAGAAGAUAGAGAAGCUAUAGAAGGCUUUGGAAAUCCAGCUUUUAGCAUGAGCAACCCAGACCUCUCAGCACAUCAGACUUCAGAAGAGAAAAUCAUUAGACAUGACACACCGGAUCGCAUCCUUGCAGCUCACCAACAAAAAUCCAGGCUGCCAGUCUCUGCAGAGCUAAAAGGUGUGACUUCAGUUCUGAUUAUCUUCAUACUCUGUGACAGUUGCUGCCUUGCUGAUCUAACCUGGGCACCCUGGAACAGGCGCUAUAUGUUCCAUUCCAGGUGUCUGCAUGGGCUUCCUGGAGAGGUUUUGGAUGGAACUCAACUGGGGACACUUAGGAUCUUCUUUAGCAUUGGAAAGUCAUGUAAGUCCAGGUUAGCCUUUGGGGAUGAGCCACGUGGGCAGCUCCAGAAUCGAGUUUAUGCCUUAGGAUGGAUUGGAGGCUUCCUACACCCUCAGAUCCGCCUGUGCUCUCUGAGUGAGGGCUUCCUGGAAAGCUUGUUCACCUGGGCAUCCUCAGAGAAAGUGACAGCGUGCAGCGGAGCUGACACUUCAAAAACAUCAGUCAAUCGUGGUGAGUCCCCAGAGGAAUAUGAAGGCCUGCAGUUCGGGUGCACACGUUCGGCUCCUGACCGUGCAGAACCUGGGCUUUAUCUACGCGUACCCUGCUUUCCUGACUGCGGUGUCUCCUUGCCAGCGACGCUUGGCCUGAAGUCCAAUCCCUUGAGCAGCCUGAGCAGCGCCCCUGGAAUGGGCAGUAAGUGGUUUCCACGUGGCUCUGUGGAGAAGAGUUGCCACCGCUGGUCUCACGAUGGGUGUGUGGUUGACUGUGGUCUGAAGAGCAUAGUGGUGAACACAGAAUCCGUGUCAACAGCAGCAGAGCAGAAGGCUGCCCAGGGAGAGGACAAGGCAGAAAUUCCAAAGAAGUGGACACGAGCUUCAAAUGAGCAAGCAACCUAUUUUGAUAUGACCUUUAGUGGUCUUCCAAAUAGGAGGGAGCAGACCAGUGUGUUUGUACUUACCCUCCGAGUUACCACAGUUACUUACAGACUCGAGAUUAACGAAAGGAAAAGAAAGAACGAAGUCUGCCUUUGCUCUGCACGGGUGCAGUGCUUCGUUCUGAAUGUUUUGGAGCAGAGACAAGAUGGCACUGAAGAAAAAAGAGAAGUGGCAGAGAAGGACCGGGAAGGAGAGGAGAGAAGGGGAGAAUGGAAAGGAGGAGAGAAACAAAAGGCGAUUAGAAGGUGCUUCCUGCUGCUCAUCUUAAUCAGGAAAGAGCGUGCAGCCAGUGGAGGGGCUGGGUGCUACAGCAGGCUUCCGAGAGAGUUUUAUUUAACUGCUGAAUACCUGUUCUGCUGUGAGUACUUUGUGUAUCAGGCUGCGUGCUCGGCACAAGGAAAUGAAUACAGCAGAAAUUACUUUGACCCACUGAUGGAUGAGGAAAUAAACCCAAGGCAGUGUGGGAUGGAGGUCAGCAGAGAGGGUGAUGAGAAAAUUUUCCAUAAUCAACAAAUGAAGUUGAUUGAUGAGUGUGGACAAGGAGAAUUUCAAGAUGAGAGCAACACAGAGGAGACUCUGGAUUCCGAAGCGCUCACAAGUUUCUGCAAACGUAGUGAGAUUCACAAACAGACAGAUGAAGCCGCUCCAGAGUUCAUCGAGGAGUGGGAAAGCCAUGCUCAGAAAGAUGUAAUUCUGCUUGGAAGUUCUCCGUUUGAACAGGAUGUGAAAUCUGAAGAAGAAAGAUUUAACCAGUACCUGCCUAUGUCACGUUUAAAGAUGGACAAAACACUUCUGAAGGCUCCAAGUCAGCCAUCGGCUGCAGACUUACCUGUUGGUGAAAAACACAGUGUCACCAAGCUCGGCUCCCUCACGGAAGUAACUCACAGUUGCAUGGGAGCAGCGGGCUCUUGCUGGGAGGUUGAGCAGUCUCAGUCGCCUCAGCUGCUUCAAAUACAGAUCACAUGCAUUAGAGGUCUCAAGGAUAAAGCUCCUCGAGGCUCUUAUCUCCUCAAGGUGUCUCUGCUCAGCCGACUGGGGGGCUGUGACUUGCAGUGCUGGCAAACAGAGCAGCUGAGGAUCAGAACACAGCCCGUUAGGCACGAUGGUAACUUCUACAGCAUGAUUCUGUGUUUCCACGAGAGCCUUAGCAUGGGACUCCCUCAGAAGAAAGAUGUGAAGCCUGGCAUGGCGCUCCUCUUUGAGCUGUGUCUCCUUCAUGGGAAGUCUGCUUGCGCUGAUCAGGCUGUGGGCUGGGCAGCCUUUCCUCUGUGUGAUAACAGCUUUGGUAUAGUGGAAGGAAAAUUCAAGUGUCCCCUUCUGCGAGGGCAUUAUGAACAGAAGCUCAGCAGUUUCAGGGAAAUUGAAGAUCUGAUCUGCUUGGACUUGGACCACUGGCUGUGCAAUCUCUAUUUUCAGAUGGGUCAGAAGUGCCACCUCCAGUCUCCACCCCUGAGCUCGACACCUGUCACUGCUGUCCAUAAUUUGCAGAUUUAUCUCAGCGUGGUAGUCAAGUCUCCUUUUGAUCAUGUGUAUAAUCAAAAACUGCACGAAAGCCCAACUCGACUUUCCCCUGAAUUUUCCGUGUGUUUCACGGCUGAAGCAGAGAAAGCAAAUUUAGGCAUGGGCAGCCCAGCUGGCUCCUCAGGGAAGGAAACCCAGAAAGAUGUUCAAAUGUCCAUGGAGCGUGCAGCUGAGCCCCUCUUACAUGCUUCUCAAGGACCAGUAUGCAGCGUGCUGCGUAGGUCCAAAGUGAUGGUAGCUGACAGCCCCUCCCUGCUCCGGGAGCCAGGGAACAUGUGGAAGGAAUUGCUCUUUCCCAUUUCACAGCUUGCCAUUUCCUCCGCAGGGCAGCCCCUGACCCCUCGGAGACAUGCUGACACCCAUGAGGGAAGCGUUCCCACUGAUGUGAAGGAAGAAGAGGAGCUUAACAACCUCUAUCGGAUUAUGGUUUCAGUUGAGCUGCUGAAACUCUACAAACUGCUGAAAGGGCACCCGGAAAGCGCUAGGACUUGGGCAAUGUUUGGGGACAUUGGAAGAGUGGGUACUACUGGCAUUCCGUACGCCCAGAGCAGAUACACAGCUCCACGAGGCACAGGACCACUCUGGAGAAUAAUGUGGUCCAAAAGGCCGAGCCUCGGGAAGCCUUUUGUAGAAGAAGUCACACGGAGCAUUUCUAAUAAAACGGAUCCCUGCCCUACGGACUGUGAUCUCAGUCUCUUAAAAGAAGACCAUGAAUUACACUCGAAGGUAGCAGGUAGUUUGGUGUUCAAAGCAGGUUUUGAAGUGCAGGACCUGCUAAAGCGGCUGAUGUCUGAGAAGUGUCUGGCUCAGGAACUCCCAGUGACAAAGCUAGAAUGCAGGAACCUGCCAAAACGGAGAACAGAAGAUACUUCAUUUUUAAAAAAAUUUUUUAAUCUCUCUGACCAGGGAGACAGCCUGGCUUAUCAUUUUAUGAAGGAAAAAUCAACUGCUUGUAGACCUGGAGAAUUUGAAGAUUAUUCUCAUGAUACAUCUUACUUGGAAGAACUGGAGAAACACCGGUUUUCAGUUUGGGCCAGGGGGUCAGAGGUGACAGUCCUCUCCGUCAUCCCUGGCAGGCGCUGCAUCGUGGCUGAGUUUUCUGAGCUGCAACGCUUGUGCUCACAGCAUGUUUAUAUUUUUGUUUUCUUUCAGAUAUAUGCACAGUUCUGUGUUGCAGUAGGUCCUCCUGGCUGUCCUCCACUGUGUGCCUUCACCCCUGUUUCCUGCUGGAGGCGCUGCCUCCAGGGAACAAAGAAGGUGGACACUUUCCCAGUCUAUCAUGGACUGUCGGUGGUCACGGACCCAGUUCUGGCCACGGAGAGCAGUGCUUCGGUGGCUGGUAGUAGUGGACCUGGACCUGGAGGGCUCUUCAAGCAUCUCCAUUUUGUGAGGAUGUCGGUGUUUUCAGAACUGCAGUUUGCACAGUGGCAAAGCCCGGGCUUCUGGUACACCCUCCUGCUGAUGGCUUCCCUCUGCUUCCUGAGGCUCUGCCUGCAUUACUUUGGCCAGUGGCUUUUCCUCCAGGCCAUCUCCACUCCAGUGACAAAGUUCCAUCUUUACCCCUACACGGUUGAGCUUUGCUACCAAUGGUCUUCACUAAGCAUCGCAGAAGAGCUGGCCGUGAUUGUGGCGGGGCCUUUAAUGCUGAAUGCGGUUGUAUUCCUUUUAGUUCUGAUCAGAUGGGGCUGUCAGCUGCUGUUUGCCUCCUGCCCUGAUGUCCUGUCAAAGUUAAUCAUUACCAUGGGUCUAUGGACAGUUCUAGACCCACCGGCGGUGUUUGUAGUGGAUACUUUCCUGGGGCGGCUUGUCCAUAGUGAGGAGGCUCCUACAGCUGAUGCAGCAAAACUUUACUGGAUGUUUGUAAGAUCACAACAAUCAGGAAUUCUUGGUGCAUCGAUCACCGUGCUACUGUACAUCUUCCUGUUCAUCAUUUCUUCCUUGAUUUUUUAUAUGUACUGUCUCAGGCUUCACAAUGACUCUUGGAUAUCAGAUGCAUUUCAACGCAUCCAUAGUGAAGAGACCAAGUUCUUCAUGCCAUAUGAUUUGGAGAUUUCCAACCAGGAGCUGAGUUACAUAGUGAAAAGAUCUGAGCAGUGGAGAGGAAUCAGUGGUGAGAGAAGGAAGGUGGCAGUGUAUGAUUAUAUCAGGAGAAGUCCCGGCAUCAAGUCCAGUGUCUCCAGCUGUGACCUCCCACAUCAAAAUGAAAUCUCCGUGUCUGCGUUUGGUCCAGGGGAUGUUACUUCUCAUGUGUCUGUAUACACGGUUUAUCCCAGUGGGUUCCAAAAGCUCUACCGCCAUUUUCUCAGACUCCCUAGUGGCGCCAUUGUUGAGGUGUUUGGUGACAUCAGUGCCUUACAGUUUGUUCCCAGUGAAGUGACCACAGCUAUUCAAGAGCACAUAAGUGGAAUGGACACUGUGCUCAGAGACUCCUGUCCUACACACCCAAGGGACAUGAACGGGAUCCAGUAGAGUGAAAAGGAAAUCAGCGUCCUCGAUGGAAGGAUGAGUAUAAUGAAGAAGCCUCCAGUGUCCCACCUCUGAAGGACGCCGAGGAGCGUGCUCUGCCCCUUAACCUAAGGUGUCUUCUAAUACUUUAUCAUAAGGCCUGAGGUUUUCAGUAUUUUAAAUACAUCUGAAGUGUGUUUGGUUGCUGUUUUCACUUUAUAUUUGUUUUCCGGGUCACUAACCUAUUACUGAAUA